AUGAUGGACAUUCCGGCGCACAUCUUGGACGCUGUCCAGACCACAGACCUUUCACAAUCGAAAUCACUGGAGACGGGAAGCAGGACGUCCCGAACCUCGCCAUUCUCUUCACGAUUCCCUGGAAUGAUACACGACGCACAUUCUUCGGCAGAGGAUGUAUCAACGACGAGCGAUUCCGACCAACAUGGCUACCAGACCGAUUUCACGACACCAGCUUCUUCAGACUCGAAUUUCUGUCCAGGUGACAUGCAGCCAGACGAUGUGGAGGACUUCCGGGACCGCGAGUACCCUCAGCUCAAGGGCAAGACCUACCUGGACCACGGAGGCACGACGCUCUACGCCAAAUCGAUGAUCGAGGAGUUCUCGGCAGACAUGAUCAGCAAUCUCUAUGGCAAUCCACAUUCGGCAUCAACACCUUCCGCAAUAGCUGGCCACCGCGUAGAUGAGAUACGCGAGCGUGCGUUACGUUUCUUCAAUGCGGAUCCGGAAGAAUUCGAUCUGGUGUUCGUUGCGAACGCUACUGCAGCAAUCAAGCUUGUGAUCGAUUGCUUCAAAGACCACGCUGCCGCUAGCAACACUCCUGUGUGGUACGGGUACCACAGAGACGCUCACACUUCACUGGUUGGUGUUCGUGAAUCGACCAAGAUGCAUCGAUGUUUCACCAGCGACGAAGAAGUGGACAUCUGGAUAAACAGUGGCGGUUUGGGUGGUCCUCGUGCAAGGCAGUUGGGUUUGUUCGCGUAUCCAGGGCAGUCGAAUAUGACCGGUCGACGACUGCCGCUAAGCUGGCCUAGCCGUAUCCGCAAAUCGUUCCACAAGGCCGCAACAUAUACUCUUCUGGACGCAGCUGCGCUUGCGAGCACAGCGCCACUUGAUCUGGCUGACCCAGCGACGGCACCUGACUUUGUGGCACUCUCCUUCUACAAGAUCUUUGGCUUCCCUAACAUUGGCGCACUUAUCGUACGGAAGGAGUCGGCGCACGUACUCGAGAGCAGGAAGUACUUUGGUGGCGGCACCGUGGAGAUGAUCAUCUCCAUCAACGACACAUGGCAUGCCAAGAAGGACACCUCGAUACACGAUCGACUGGAAGACGGAACCUUGCCAUUCCACUCGAUAUUUGCUUUGGAUCACGCCAUGAAUGCUCACGAACGACUAUACGGGCCAAACCCGAUGAAAUUCAUAUCCAUGCACACUGCGCAAUUAGGCCGACAGCUCUAUGAUGGCAUUGCUGGUCUCAAGCAUGCGAACGGGGCGCCGCUAUGCCGUAUCUACAAGGACGAAGCAGCUGUGUAUGGCGAUCCGUCUAUGCAAGGGUCGACCAUUGCGUUCAAUGUGCAAAAGUCAGAUGGAACGUUGGUUGGAUUUGAAGACGUGGAAGAAGCUGCAGAUGAGCGCAACAUCUACGUGCGUAGUGGCUCACUCUGCAAUCCUGGAGGCGUGGCAACAUAUCUCGGCUGGUCACCAGCAGAGAUGAAAGCGGCUUAUGCUGCCGGUCAUCGAUGCACCAACCCAACGCAGGUCAUGCUAGGUAAACCGACAGGAGUUGUUCGUGUUAGUCUUGGUGCUAUGAGCACGGCAGGAGACGUGAACAUUCUCCUCCACUUUCUGGAUGAGGUCUACGUUGAGAAGACAAUCGACCCACGAUCAGCCACCACAGCACAGCACGCAUCCAUGAUCUUCGCGCCAGCCAAGGACUCCGUCAUCUCGACCACCUUCACGCCACCACCCCCACUUGACAUCAGAGCAACCCGGAAGAACAGUUUCUUAUCAGCAACAGGUACACCCAGCACCGCGAAGAGCUUCGACAUGGGAGACUCGAAAUCAUGGGAAGCCGGAUCCGGCGCACCCCCGACACCAGACCGGAUAGACAUCGCCCGACCGAAGCUGCCACCAUUUGUGCCAGCAGACUACGUAAAACUACGAAAACCAUGGGAAGCCGAAAUGCGACAGAAUGCCGCCAACUACGCGAUGGAAUUCAAAGUACGCGAACUCGAAGACGCCAGCAUGUUCUCGCGGAACCCAACACCCAGCGUCAAAGCGAGGAGGUUCGGCCGCAGCGUCGUCAACCUCCUACGAACGAAGAGCCACGUCGGUGCGGGUGCGGAUCAGAGGCAUGACCAACCACCCUUACCAGCACCAGCAUGA